CCCGAGCUUACGACCCCGAGGCUAAGCCGUGACACGGCGCCUAAUCCCACACGGGCUCCUUAAUGCGACAAGCGGUGGGGGGGGGGUCAUCCAGACUCUUCCAGGAGACCCCGCGAGAAGCCUGCAACGAGGCUCCUGCCGCCUCCCGAUCUCGAUGAAGGCAAACUGAACGCAGGGUCACCGCUUUCGGUCAGUUGAGCCGGUGGAGUUUGGCGGACAGCUACCACCGACGUCCCUGGAUCAAUCGAAGGAAUCAAUCGAUCAACUAACCCCACGCUCUAGGUGAGAAGUUGAUCCGCGCGGAGUUGAUGCGAUCCAUGGGGAGACGUCCCCUCAACAUCCCUGUCUAGAGGAGGCACACGCAGGUCGAAGGAUUGGAUGUGAGUAGGUGGUGGCGGAGGGGCGCGCGCUGCGAGUGCCGAGAGCCCGGUACCAUGCCGGCCUGGGUGAGCGGUCUCCGGCUGUGGGCGAGUGAGGUGGAGUCGGGGUGAGGGGGUCGGGUGAGUGGUGGUGGUGUCCAUCCUGAAGGUGUGCGCAGCUGCCGUUGCGCAGUCUCCUGGUCAUGAGGCUGCGUGAAGACGCCGCGCAUUUCCACGCAUCGAGACGCCCUGCCGCGGCCCUGAGUGGAAGCAAUUCCAGUGAAGGAUAAGAAUUCGUGGAUAUAAAAAAAGAGACGAGUGAUUGAUUAUUUCACUCCCAUGGCUAGGGAAGAAUACGCAUCGGGCUGACGGCAUGGUCUCCUAAAGAGGAUUUCAUGAACAUUAGUGAGCGGAUUACCCUGUCCCUUUCCGCGAGAGGGCCAUUGCGCAUCGGAUUGUUUUUUUUUUAAAGCAAAAAUCGUCUCUUCCACAGAGAGUUUUGUUGUUGUUUGAGUUUGGUUUUCAUCGCGCGCUAAGCCGUUAGAAACGGACCCCCUAGCGGGAGACGCCGCCGGGCCUCGCCGCGUGCUGCCCGCGUCCCGCAGAUCUGGAUCGCCCGAUCUCGCGUGGCCGCCUGGAGCCGGGGACUCCAGCCUCCAUGGAGCCGGAGCACAGAGAACCGGGAUAUGGGGGCUCGGAGCCCACGGGGUCCCAGGAAGAUCCGUCCCUCCACCUGCAGCGCAGCUCGAGCGAUGGGUCCGAUCUGCUCCUGAUGGACACACAGGAUCUGGACGAGAGCAACCUUUGCUUCGACGAAGCCGUCUUUUACGAGGACCCUCCGCCGUGCAUCCGCCUGGAGCACCCCUACUCGUCUCUGCCCUCGCUGCCCCAGGCACAGGGCUUAGAGCAGGGUGUCCCCCUGGGCUCCACCUGGUCCCAGCUGCCCUGCUCCCCGACUCCUCUCCAUGGCUCCAUGCGCUUCCCCGAGCUGGGCUUGCGCGAUGACAGGGCGCGCCCCGUCUCCCCGCCGUGCACGUUGCCGCUCGGCUCCCUCAGUCGGUUUCCGGCGGCCGAGUCGAGUCUCGUCGAUGGCGAGCUCCCCAGCGGGAGGUGUCCGGGCAAGGUGAGGAAGGCCGCCGCCACCACGGCUCUGGGGUCGCCGGUGCGCCAAAAUGCGGGAGACGCGCCCCGGGGCUCGUCGUACCUGCGUGUUCCCGAGGAGGUGGAGAUGCGCGUGGAGGGCGCGCGGCGCCGCCUCUCAGUGGCGCUCAGCAAAUUCGUGGCUGGGGAGGAGAGCGGGCGCGGCGCGAGGAAGCUGUCCGUCAGCCUCACGGAGCUCACGAAGAUCAUGAGCGGCAACAACAGUGACGAAGGGGAGAGUGAAGUGGAGGAGGCGAUGGUGGAGGUGAUGGGCGGCGGCGGUGGUGGCGCGGUGAGGAAUCGCGCCACGGAGGACGCGGCCAAGAGCGACUCUCUCGACUGGAUCUUCAAGGCGUCCACGGGGAGGAGAGACAUGAGACAGGGUCUCCAUCUGGAGCUUCAGGACCUCCCAGGAGGAGGACCUCUCCUAAAAAAGUCCUCGACCUUCGAGCACGAACGCGCCCUGCAGCGCGGACCCUUCACACCGCCACCUCGUCAUCAUCAUCAUCAUCCACGCGGGGUCGACACUGACCCCGGGCCCUCCGAAAAGGAGGAAGAGGACCCCACCACCACCCCAGGCCCCGGGACCAAGCGUGGAGACCGAGUCCCCUUGGAGACCCUGUGCCUCCUGUCCCUGCUGGCCUACACGUGGCUCAUCUUCCCUCUUCCCCCACUCCCUUCGGGUCUCCUCCUUGGGGCUGCCUGGGGCUUCGCAGCAGCGAUGGGCUCCAUGUGGCUCCAAGCAGGGACAGCGGGGGGCCCCAGGGCUCCUGGUAGAGCCUCCAUCCGCAUGGGGCACGGGCUUCGAGGACGGGGGAAUCUAAAGACCCCGGCAGGACCUUCCGUGCACCAGGGCUGGAUGAACGAGGUGGACGCUUACGACCCGGAGACGUUCCACAGCUCGGCGCUGCGCGGGGUGCGCGUGGAGCUGCGCGGAGCCACACUGUCCCUGUCGCGCACCGCGCCUGGCACCAAGGACCCAGAGCCCUGUGGCUCCGGUGGCUCGAGCAGCAGAACGAGGAUGCUCGACAUCGCCGGGUGUACACUGUCGUUGGCGCCCGCCCGCCUGGCUGAGAAACGAACGUGGAGCAAGAAGUACCCCAUCGUGCUGGCGCUGAGAGGUGCAGCGAGCGCCGGCGCUGAGGGCGUGCGGAGCGGCGCGGCACGGGUCGCGGGGUCGGAGGGAGGCGCGGCACUCUUUCUGUUUGGACGUACCGGGCGCGAGAAGGAGGAGUGGUUCCAGAGGUUCCUCCACGCGUCACAAGGAGCGGAUGGGGACCACGCGGAGUCACACGGGCCUUGUUGGAGCAACGACCACGGGAAAGACGCCGCUGGGCCACGGGCCCCGCUCAGCUACGAGCGAUACAUGAAGAGCUUCAUCCACGUGGACGGCCCCAGUCUCCCCCACGGAGCGUGCGGCAGCCCGGCCUGCGCGAGCCAGGUGGGCGGCGAGGUGGCAUGUAUCAACGCACUCAUCGGGAGGGUCCUGUGGGAUGCGCUGACCAGCGAGCAAUGGGCACAGCUCAUCUCCUCCAAGAUCCAGCAGAAACUCGGCAAAAUCCGGCUGCCGCCGCUUCUGGACGCGCUGGAGCUCACGGAGCUGGACAUGGGCAAGGACGCGCUGCGGAUCCUGCGCGCCUUCCCGCCCACACUCGACGCGCAAGGACUGUGGGUGGAGCUGGACGUGAGCUACAGUGGCUCCUUCGAGAUGACUCUGGAGACAAAGCUGAACUUGUCGAAGCUCGGCAAGGAGGAGGCCGAGGGCGGGAGAGCAGCGCAGGAUUUGGGUCGCCGCCGCAGGUCGCGCGUGAAGACCAUCGAGGACAGCGAGGACGAGUCGUCGGCCGAGAGCUCCCUGGACGGCGAUGACGGCGGCGGCGGCGGCGACGGGACGGAGGCCGUGCCCGGUGGCCAGGCCGAGAGGCGAGAAGCCACACAGAUAAAGAUUCGCGCCGCGUGCACUCGGCACCGCGGCGGCGCGGCGCCUCUUCUGGCGAACGCUUCAGGGGGAGCGCAGACGCCUGCCGAGUCGGGAUGACUCGAAUUAAACGCUGUGUUUUUUUUUACUGCCUCGGCAGUGCCCCCCCCCCCCCCUCCCAAAACAAUGAUUUAAGCUCAACACAAUUGUUGAUGACUUUUUAGUUUUGUUACCAGGUAAGGCCCGCUGAGCUCUGUAGCUUUUUUUCAUUAGCGACC